AUGUUUCAUCCGAACUGCAACUUUGCGCUCUUCGCUUGCGUUUUCGCAUCUCUAUCAAUCCACCGGGUAACUCCCAGUUGCAAUUUCCAAAUGAACCGAUCGGUGUACUACAGCAGUUGGGUUUGCAACAACACCACUUUAUCCACAAACAGCCCGGACUUCAGCGCCUCCAACUUAACAACAGUGACUUUGAUAGGAGUAAACGGCGAAUUCUCCCCGCACACCAUGCAGAACUUCACCAAUCUCAGAAAAGUCCUGAUAUCAGACAGCGACUUCGACGAGUUCGAGCUAAAAUUAGACAAGCUGAACUCGCUGAUGUUGUACAGAACUCGAGUGCCCGAGGGUUCAUCUUUAACCAACUGCUGCCUCAGUUUAGAAAAACUCUUCAUAAAAAGAACCAGAGUCGAAGAAGACAUCGUCGAGCUCACCUCGCUCACCAUCUACGGCUGCAACCUGGACGCCCUGCCCUUGUGGAUGUUCAACAACCAGAGGAAGCUGAAGGAGAUCGGCCUGCCGUUCAAGACCUGGCUGGACGUCGACAUCGAGCUCAUACCCGGCAUGUUUCCCCAGCUCAGCUUCUUCUCCUUCAAGGGCGACGAGAGCUCCGCCAACGAGGAGACCGAGUACGUCAGGCGCAGGCACUCCAGGCUGCUCAGGCUGCUCAACAAUGGCGACGUUUGA